GCUAGGUGGCGGGACCUGAGCCCUGCUGGUGUGUGGAGCUGUGGGCCACCCCACCCCACGCCCGCCCCGUCUCCGCGGCCACCUCCCUCCUUCCCAGCCUGGGCUCUGGGCGGGGGUUGCCUCCCGUGGGCAGGAGGGCUGGUGACUGAACAUCCUUGCAGCUUCCGAGGGCCGCUGGGCUGGCAUUUUGUGACCCUCCCCCACCGCUCUCCCUGCCUCUCAUCCAUGUGCCUGGGGCAUCUGGGGACCCUGCCCGGCUGGUUCAAGGGGCUGGGUCGGGGGAGCCUGGCAUGAAGCUGGCCCCCAGGGGAACUGAGACUAGGGUUCCGGCACGGCCCAGAAGCCUUUGGCCGCAAGGGGUGAGGUCAUUCAGGGCUGGGGCAGGGGGUCACUGCAGGACGAGAUGGUUGAAUGCUGUAUUUUUUAAAGAAUAAAAUAUUUUUAAAUCAACAGCUGAGUCUGGCCCUGAGAGACCACCUCUGGCACUGGGAAUGGGGAGGCCCUGAGCACUGUCCCCUCCCAACACAGAAGGGGCCUGUCAGCCUGCCAGUGGAGCCCCAGCCCUCCUGGCUGCAGAUGUAUGGGAGAACCUGUGUCUGUGUGUACGAGGGCACAGCAUGGAGAGGCCCACUUGUUGGUGGGAGCUCCAUCCAAGAGGCAGGCACGCCUUUGCUGUGAUACAGGGGGUCUGGGUGGAUUCAUUUUCUAUGGCUGCUGUAACAAAGUACCACAAACUUAGUGGCUUAAAACUACACAUUUAGGGGACUUCCUAGGUGGCGCAGUGGUUAAGAAUCUGCCUACCAAUGCAGGGGACAUGGGUUUGAUCCCUGCUCCAGGAAGAUCCCACAUGCCAUGGAGCACCUAAGCUCAUGCACCGCAACUAGUGAGCCCGUGUGCCACAACUACUGAAGCCCACGUGCCUAGAGCCUGUGCUCCACAACAAGAGAAGCCACACUGCAAUGAGGAGUAGCCCCUGCUCACUGCAACUAGAGAAAGCCUGUGUGCAGCAAUGAAGACCCAACACAGCUAAUAAAUACAUAAAUUAAUUAAUUUUAAAAAAGACAAAAAAACCCCUACACAUUUAUUCUCUUGCAGUCCUUAUUAAGUCUGACAUGAGUCUUACAGGGCUCACACCACAGUUAUGGCAGGGCUCUUUCCUUCCGGAGGCCUCGGGGGAGUCCGUUUCCUUACCUUUUCCAGCUUCUAGAGGCUGCCCGCGUUCCUCGGCUCGUGGCCCUUCCCUCCGUCUUCAAAGCCAGGGGUGCAGCAUCUUCUCUCUGAUUCCGGUUCCACGGUCACAUGGCCAUCAGUAGUCAAAUCUCCUGCCUCUGUUUGAUAAGGGCAUUGUGAUUAUAUUCAGAAAAUCCAGAACACUCUCCCCAUCUCAAGAUCCUUAACUUAAUCCCACCUGUGAAGUCUCUAUCAUGUAAGGGGACAUAGUCACAGGUUCCGGGGGUUAGGACCUGGACCUCCUUGGGGGCCUGGCACUCUGGGUAAGCUCUGCCCACUAGGUUUCCCAGCUGCUGUGGGACUGAGGCCUGGCGGCUGUUUCUGGAGCUUGGUGUCUCCAGCCCGUGUGUGCAUGUACAGACUUCGCUGUCAGCUCAUCAGCCGUCUCUUGGGUACCUGCAUCCCUGCCCCGAAGGGCCUGGGUUUCUAGUCCCAGGGAGUCUGGGAGAAUCUCCCUCGGGCUUGGGAUUCAGCAGGAGCCAGAACUUCCUUCUGUGCCUCUGAGCAGUGGGUGGAAGAUCCCUCCCAUCCCAGGUGGGAGGUGUGCGGGGGUGGGGGUGUGUGGGGCCAGGGAUGGAUGCAGGAGCUGGAUGGGCACGGUCCUUUUUCUUGAGAGUGCACCGUGGGACACAGGGUAGUGUCCCAUCCCUGCAGCCAUUCUCAGCCCCUGUUGAAGGCCUUAGAAUUGUAGGGAGGAGAGCUGGAACCCUAGCCAGGACCCAGAGAAGGAGGCCUGUCCUUUCCCACCCCAAACACGGGUUCUCAGGUGGGCAGGAAGACAAUGCCAUCGCCCCCAUGCUGCUCAAUCACCUGGGCCUGUGCGCCAGCUGGAUGCCUGGCAGCUUGGAGCCUGCCUGCCCUGACACCCACCCAGAGGCGGGCGUGGAGAAGCAGGGGGGCACAUGUCCAGCCGUGCCCCCUCCCAGCAGAAGCCCUAUUUGUUCAUUCAUUCGCUCAUUCGUUUAACCGUCAGGGCUGAGUGCUGGAGACCCAUGGAUUCAGCAAAUACAGAGCAUCUGCUCUGUGUCGGGUACUGUGCUGGGCUCUGGGGACACAGACAAAAGAUCCUUGCCCUCAGAUAGCUGACGUUCCAGCAGAGGAAUAAGGUAAUAUACAAGAAACCAUGAAAAAUCAGUGAUAUGGUGUGUUAGCAGGUAAAAACUGUUAGCGACAAAGUACGUAAAAGAGCUUAGGAGUACCCGGUGUGGGGUAGGGGGUUUAUAAGAAGGUCAGAGAAGAGGGUGAUGUGUGAGCAGAGAUGUAAAGGUGGUGAGGGAGGGGGCCAUGUGAGUAUCUGCAAAAAGGCUUCAAGGCAGAGGGAACAGGGACUUCCCUGGUGGUCCAGUGGUUAAGACUCCGCACUCCCAGUGCAGGGGGCCCAGGUUCAAUCCCUGGUCAGGGAAUUAGAUUCUGCAUCCUGCAACUAAGACCCAGUGCAGCCAAAUAAAUAAAUAAAUAUUUAAUUAAAAAUAAAAAAAAUAAGAGGGAAUAGCACAUUCAAAGUCCCUGGGACAGGAGAGUACAUGAGUCUGUUCAAGCCACAGCAAGGAGACCAGUAUGUCUGGAGACUGGUCAGGGAGGCAAUGGGAGAGCAGAUACCAUAGGACCUUUCUGGCUAUGAUGUGGACUGUGGCUUUGACCCCAGAAGGGGCCAUGGAGGUGUCUGAUGAGUGGAGGGACCUAAUGGGACUUAGGGGCCUAAUGAGAGGAGAAGCAGGACAACCCUGAGGAGAUGAUGACUGCACUGGCCUAGGCGAGAGGUGAUGGCGGCUCAGGCCAGGCUGGUGCAUGUGCAGGUGGGAGGCGAUGGGCAGAUUCUGAACCUGGAGCCAGCAGGACUUGCUGAGGGUCCCGGGUCACCCUGAGGCUCUGGGCCUGAGUGAUCUGUUACGAUCACCUGGGUCAGGGGAGGCUGAGCCAGGAGGUCCCAGCUGGUGCAGCUGUGGGGUUUGUGCUCUGACGGUGCGUCAGGAAUGCAGAGGAGGCCCUGCUCCUGGAGGAAGUGGCAGCUGCGGUGGGGGCAGGUGACCCUGGGCAAGGCCAGUGCUGCCCCCCAACCCUGUACACCAGGCCCGGCAUGGCACACAGAGCUCUGGGGAUGGGGCUGCAGGGCAGGAAAGGGCAGUGCGGGAGCUGCUGGCCUGAGAGUGCUGCCCGGGGGCAGGGGCUGAGUGGGCCCUGGCGUGGGUGUCAGCAUGCCCACCCAGGUCUGGCACUGCCCCUAAUUCCAAUCUCUCACCGACCUUAGACGGCACCCUGGGCCCAGACUUCCCAGAGGACAGGUGCGAGGCCCACGUGGGAUGCGGCGGAGUGUUAGGACAGGCUGUGGAGCAGGGGGUGGGGGGAGAGUGGAAAGAGGAAGGAGGGAAGGAGCCAUCUGCCACCUGACGAUGCAAAUGGCCUCUGACUCAUUACACCCCUCACCACCCCUGCACCCACCCCCUGCCAUGGGCAUGGCAGGGGGAGGAAGGGGGCUGCUAGGUUAUUGCAGAAUUCUCACUUCCUCUGUUCUCUGAGCUGUCACCACGGGAAGGGGCUGUGAGCGUGAAGCAUCCUUCCCAGCAGCUGCUGCCCAGUCUGCCAGCCAGACCCUCUGGAGAAGCCCCCAUUCCCUGUCAUGGGCCCCUGCCGUGCCCUGCACCCCCUUUCUCUCCUGGUGCAGGCGGCAGUGCUGGCUGUGGCCCUGGCCCAGGGCACCCUGCCCGCCUUCCUGCCCUGUGAGUUCCAGCCCAAAGGCCUGGUGAAUUGCAACUGGCUGUUCCUGAAGUCGGUGCCGCACUUCUCGGCCGCGGCGCCACGGGCCAACGUCACGAGCCUCUCCUUGCUCUCUAACCGCAUCCACCACCUGCACGACUCUGACUUCGCCCACCUGUCCAGCCUGCGGAUCCUCAACCUCAAGUGGAACUGCCCGCCGGCCGCCCUCAGCCCCAUGCACUUCCCCUGCCACAUGACCAUCGAGCCCAACACCUUCCUGGCCGUACCCACCCUGGAGGAGCUGAACCUGAGCUACAACGGCAUCACGACUGUGCCCGCCCUGCCCAGGUCCCUCGUGUCCCUGUCCCUGAGCCACACCAACAUCCUGGUGCUAGACCCCACCCACUUUGCCAGCCUGCAGGCCCUGCGCUUUCUGUACAUGGAUGGCAACUGCUACUACAAGAACCCCUGCCAGUGGGCAGUGGAGGUGGCCCCGGGUGCGCUCCUUGGCCUGGGCAACCUCACACACCUGUCGCUCAAGUACAACAACCUCACGGAGGUGCCCCGCCGCCUGCCUCCCAGCCUGGAGACCCUGCUCUUGUCCUACAACCACAUUGUCACCCUGGCGCCCGAGGACCUGGCCAAUCUGACUGCCUUGCGUGUGCUCGACGUGGGUGGCAACUGCCGCCGCUGUGACCAUGCCCGCAACCCCUGCAGGGAGUGCCCGAAGCACUUCCCCAAGCUGCACCCUGACACCUUCAGCCACCUGAGCCACCUCGAAGGCCUGGUGUUAAAGGACAGUUCUCUCUACAGCCUGGACAAUAGAUGGUUCCGUGGCCUGGACAGGCUCCAAGUGCUGGACCUGAGUGAGAACUUCCUCUAUGACUGCAUCACCAGGACCACAGCCUUCCAGAGCCUGGCCCGGCUGGAAAACCUCAACCUGUCCUUCAAUUACCACAAGAAGGUGUCCUUCGCCCACCUGCACCUGGCGCCCUCCUUCAACGGCCUGCUCUCCCUGAAGGUGCUGGACAUGCACGGCAUCUUCUUCCGCUCGCUCAGCCAGACCACGCUCCAGCCGCUGACCCACCUGCCCAGGCUCCAGGUUCUGCGUCUGCAGAUGAACUUCAUCAACCAGGCCCAGCUCAGCAUCUUCGGGACCUUCCCGGGCCUGCUCUACGUGGACCUGUCAGACAACCGCAUCAGCGGAGCGGCGACGCCGGCAGACGACUUGAGGGAGGCGGAUGGUGGGCCAGUGUUCUGGCUGCAGUCCAGGGACCUUGCUCCAGGCCCACUGGACACCCUCAGUUCAGAGGACUUCAUGCCAAGCUGCAAGAAAUCCAACUUCACCUUGGACCUAUCACGGAACAACCUGGUGACGAUCCAGCAAGAGAUGUUCGCCCACCUCUCGCACCUCCAGUGCCUGCGCCUGAGCCACAACAGCAUCUCGCAAGCGGUCAACGGCUCCCAGUUCGUGCCGCUGACCAGCCUGCAGGUGCUGGACCUGUCUUACAACAAGCUGGACCUGUACCACGGGAGCUCAUUUACAGAGCUACCGCGACUGGAGGCGCUGGACCUCAGCUACAACAGCCAGCCUUUCAGCAUGCAGGGAGUGGGCCACAAUCUCAGCUUCGUGGCGCAGCUGCGCUCCCUGCGCUACCUCAGCCUGGCGCACAACGACAUCCACAGCCGGGUGUCCCAGCAGCUCUGCAGCGCCUCGCUGAAGGCCCUGGACUUCAGCGGCAACGCCCUGAGCCAGAUGUGGGCUGAGGGAGACCUCUAUCUCCACUUCUUCCAAGGUCUGAGAAAACUGGUCCUACUGGACCUGUCCAAGAACCACCUGCACACCCUCCUGCCAAGCACCCUGGACAACCUCCCUAAGAGCCUGCAGCUGCUGCGUCUCCGGGACAAUAACCUGGCCUUCUUCAACUGGAGCAGCCUGGUCCUCCUGCCCCAGCUGGAAAUCCUGGACCUGGCGGGAAAUCAGCUGAAGGCCCUGAGCAAUGGCAGCCUGCCGUCUGGCACCCGGCUCCGGAGGCUGGACCUCAGCAGCAACAGCAUCGGCUUCGUGACCCCUGGCUUCUUUGUUCUCGCCAAGCGGCUGGAAGAGCUCAACCUCAGCGCCAACGCCCUUAAGACGGUGGAGCCCUCCUGGUUUGGCUCCCUAGCGGGCACCCUGAAAAUCCUAGACGUGAGUGCCAACCCGCUGCACUGUGCCUGUGGGGCAGCCUUCGUGGACUUCCUGCUGGAGGUGCAGGCUGCCGUGCCCGGGCUGCCCAGCCGAGUCAAGUGUGGCAGUCCAGGCCAGCUCCAGGGCCGCAGCAUCUUCGCGCAGGACCUGCGCCUCUGCCUGGAUGAGGCCCUCUCCUGGGACUGUUUUGGCCUCUCGUUGCUGGUGGUGGCCCUGGGCCUGGCUGUGCCCAUGCUGCACCACCUCUGCGGCUGGGACCUCUGGUACUGCUUCCACCUAUGCCUGGCCUGGCUGCCCCGGCGGGGGUGGCGGCGGGGCGCGGACACCCUGUUCUAUGAUGCCUUUGUGGUUUUUGACAAGACGCAGAGUGCAGUGGCCGACUGGGUGUACAACGAGCUGCGGGUGCAGCUGGAGGAGCGCCGUGGGCGGCGGGCACUCCGCUUGUGCCUGGAGGAGCGCGACUGGCUACCUGGCAAGACGCUCUUUGAGAACAUAUGGGCCUCGGUCUACAGCAGCCGCAAGACCCUGUUUGUGCUGGCCCACACGGACCGGGUCAGCGGCCUCUUGCGUGCCAGCUUCCUACUGGCCCAGCAGCGCCUGCUGGAGGACCGCAAGGACGUCGUGGUGCUGGUGAUCCUGCGCCCCGACGCCUACCGCUCCCGCUAUGUGCGGCUGCGCCAGCGCCUCUGCCGCCAGAGCGUCCUCCUCUGGCCCCACCAGCCCAGUGGCCAGGGCAGCUUCUGGGCCCAGCUGGGCACGGCCCUGACCAGGGACAACCGCCACUUCUAUAACCAGAACUUCUGCCGGGGCCCCACGACAGCCGAAUAACACAGAGCCUCGUGCCCCCUCCACUCGCCUCACUGCCUGGGGUGCCCCAACCUGCCUCGCUCUGCAACACCACUGCUCUGCCUCCCCUGCCCCCCAGCCCCCUGGCAUGUAGCAGGCACUUAAUAAAUGCCACCAGGAGGGCCAA